ACACACGCUUAGACGACCGAUCCGACGAAAAGCGGAGCACGAUCUGAAUGCGACGACUUCUACGGAAAGAGACUCAGAAAGCGCCUUGAUGAGCGGGUCCCUACUGGCGGGGACCUCUCACCCGCCGACCGUUGACAUGAGGGGGAAAGUGGUAGUAGUAACGGGAGGAAACUCGGGCAUCGGGUAUGCGACGGCCAAGGCUCUAGCUGUCCUGGGAGCUCACAUUAUCCUCGCAUGUCGCUCCGAACAGAGGGCUCUCGCGGCAAUCCACAGGAUGAAGGGGGAGACAUGUACGGACGGAGACGGGCGGCGGAGUAUCCUUGUGGAGUACAUGUACCUGGACCUGGCCUCGCUGGAUUCCGUCAGGAGAUUCUGCUCCACUAUCCGUGACAGAGACCAGUCCUUGGACAUCCUCAUCAACAAUGCAGGCAUAUCCUGGGCACACUACGGAUUGACAGAAGACGGGUUUGAACAACAUUACCAGAGAGGACGGGUGACUGCCCGAGUGGUGUUUGUUGCAUCUCGCAGGCACGCACAGGGUGUUUUCGACCCCAAGAACAUUAACGGAGAGAUUUCCUACAGUAGAUAUGCUUUCUACAACCACUCCAAACUCUACAAUACAGAUACCGAGAUGUCUCGCAAUAUGGCUGACAUGGCUGUUAUGUCUGUCUUCGCAAAAGCCCUAAAAGCUUUCUCUAUUGGUUGGAGGAGUGCAGAGAAGGGAGCAGCGACCUCUCUCUACGUGGCCACCGAGCCUGGCCUCAACUCCCAGCAGUGCCAUUACUACAGUGACUGCAGAGUCAGGCACAGCAGCCCCCUCUCUCGGAGGGAGGAGCUGCGGCAGUUGUCGGUGAUAGAAGUUGACCCCACCCACACCAGUAGAAGCCACGCCCACCCUAAACAAAUCAGCAGUCAGGGUCUGGCAGUAAAGGAGUAUGUGAGAGCAGGGGCGGGGCAUCAUGUCCCGAGUCCAGACGACCUUCGACCUCUGGGGACUCUAGUCCAAACAAUGGACUACCUAAUGAACAGUGUCACUAUGAUGGAGGACGUUCCGUGGCAUGUAGUCUAUGGUUUCGUCAACAAUCGCUGUCAGUCCGUGAGACAAGACAUCACCUAUCAGCAACUGGAGGGUCCUCAAGUUCUACACAUAUACAAGCUAUCAGCAAAGUUCUACAUCUACGCUCAGUACAGGUGUGACGACAAUAAUGCCAGGAUCGGUGACAAGAUGAUCUACGCUAGCACAAAGGACAAUAUCAAAAAGCAAUUUUCUGGAAUUGGAUUGGAGUUCCAGGCAAACGACAGGGGUGACAUGGAUUACGACACGUUUGCAGCAGAGGUCGUGAAGAAGGCAUAGAGCUGUCACGCUUAGACAGAACUUUUCACAGAUACGCUAAUUGUAAUAUUAAUAUUGUGUAUCCCUCUGUAGGUAUUAUAUGUAUGUAUACAUAGCCGUUAUUUCCACUGUUGUGAAACUUUGAACAGCCUAGAAGACUUUUUAAUGAGAAGCAGUUGUGCUCCACGACGGACGUUGUCAAG